AUGGAUACCUUGGUCGACACGCUCCCCUUCUCUGAUCGUCACGCUGUGUCCCGGCUCCAUGUGAUUGUUGUGGGCGCUGGUAUCGCGGGAUUGGUACUUGGUCUGGGUCUUUGUAAAUUCGGUCAUGAAGUCACAAUCCUGGAGCAAGUCCGAGAAAUCGCAGAGACCGGAGCUGGUAUCCAAAUUGCGCCCAACGCAUCGCGGAUUCUCAACAGGUUUGAUAUCCUAGAGGAGGUAAUAAAAUAUGCCAAUGUGAUUGAAAGAAAUUCAAUAAGACGAUACGCGAAUGACGACGAGUUGGGGUCGGUACCAAUCAUGCCCGCAGUCGGAAAAGAGUAUGGUGCACCACUAUUUGUGAUCCACAGAGGAGAUCUACAAAGGGUAUUGCUAGAUGCUGCAAAGCUUCGGGGUUGUCGUAUCCUUACCUCUCACCGCGUCACUAGAAUAGAUGAGUCCUUCUCGGCACACGUCCAAGUCAACGACUCGGAGUGGCUUGAGGGUGACCUGGUCAUAGCUGCCGACGGUAUCAAGUCUGCUAUCCGCAGUCAAAUAUCCGCAGCAGACAAUUAUGAGUCCCGGGCCAUUCCAACUGGUGAUGCGGCGUACAGAUGUCUCAUACCCCGGGAGACAAUGACACAAGACCAACAAGCUAUGGAGCUGCUCCAGCAUAAUGUGGCUCAAAAAUGGAUAGGCCCGGAUGGCCACAUCAUGGCAUAUCCUGUCAAGUCCAAUCAAGCAUAUAAUGUGGUAUUCUUGCAUCUUGCCGAAGAUGAGACGUCCACCCAGGAAGGAAAGGAGACACCUUGGACGACUACGGGUGACAAGAAAGAAAUGAUGAGUUUCUACAAGUCGUGGUCUCCUCUUAUCCAGAAACUCCUCAGCUAUGUGCCAGAAGGCGAGAUCAAGAAGUGGACAUUGAACAGCCACCCGCCACUACCAAGUUGGGUCAAGGGAAGGAUAGGUCUCAUCGGGGACGCUUGUCAUCCCAUGUUACCCUACGUCGCGCAGGGCGCAGCGAAUGCCAUCGAAGAUGCAGGAGUCAUCGUUGCGGCUCUUACCUGUACUGACAAUGUAGAAGUGGCGCUCCAAGUAUAUGAACUGGUUCGAAAAGAUAGAGCUGAAAAAGUUCAAGCAAGCGCUGUGAGGAAUAGAGAAAAUCUUCACCUACAAGAUGGUCCUCAACAAGAGAAGAGGGACGAGGCAAUACGUAGUGCAAAUCGAGGUGAAGGCCAAAACCCCGAUUUGUUGGCGGACAAGGAAUGGCAGAACUUUAUGUGGGGAGUUGACGUGAUGCGAGAUACAAUUGAGCAGUGGGAUGAACUCGUGGUUAAAGCAAAAGAAGAAGAUAAUUCUCGUGCCGCCAAUGCAGGAACAUAUCUAGGUUGGCAAAGCUGA